AUGGACGACGCCUGCGCCGUCUGCGCGGAGCGGCUCGAAUGGGUGGCCUACGGCGCCUGCGGCCACCGCGAGGUCUGCUCCGCCUGCGUCACCCGCCUCCGCUUCGUCCUCCGCGACCAGCGCUGCUGCCUCUGCAUGACCCACUGCCCCGCCGUCUUCGCCACCAAGGAAAUGGGGGACCGCACCAAGGCGAUCGGCGAUCUCUCGGCGCUGCCGGCCGCGGCCGGCGAGGGGAAGACCGGGGACUACUGGUACCACGAGGCCACGCAGGUGUGGUUCGACGACGCUGACCAUUACAGGAUGGUAAGGGCGAUUUGCCGGAUCUCCUGCACCGUCUGCGAAAGCAGUGGUAACAAGGGGAAGAAGGGCAGUAAGUCGUCCAAGGCGAAACACAAGAUCAAGUUCGAGACCAUCGAGCAGCUCAAAGCCCAUCUGUCCAACAAGCAUUGCUUGUACAUGUGCGACCUCUGCUUGGAUGGGAGGAAGGUAUUUAUUUGCGAGCAGAAACUUUAUACAAGGCCUCAAUUAAAUCAGCACAUAAAAACCGGUGAUUCAGAGGUGGAUGGCUCGGAAGUUGAGCGCAGGGGUUUUGCAGGGCACCCGAUGUGCAAGUUUUGUAGAAGCCCAUUUUAUGGAGAGACUGAGCUAGAUACACAUUUGACAAGAGAACAUUAUUCUUGUCACAUAUGUCAGAGGCAGCACGGUGGGCAGGAUGAUUAUUUCAGGAACUAUGAUGACUUAGAGACCGCCGCUGGUGCUGUGGUGCAUAUGUUGCAUUCGCGUGCAUCAGGCACAAGGAGAGUUGCACCCCGUCAUGCACUCAUGAGUCUGACAGUGCGUACGUAUAUGCAGCAAAAAUGGUACGGUGCUCCUAAAGUCCGUUUGUGCAUGCAUCUGAAUGGACGCCGUGUUUAUAUUUGCAGUACUAGAACUUGUCAUCUUCACGCGAGGCCGUUGCAAGCUUGUGAGAUGCAUUUCCGAAGAGACCAUUUCUUCUGCGAGGACAGAGAGUGCUUGGAGAAGAAGUUCAUUGUCUUCCAAAGUGAAGCAGAGCUUAAGAGGCACAAUGCUGUGGAGCAUAGGAAGCGCAUGCCUCAUGCACAGAAGAAUUCUGCUCUCCAGACACCAACCAGUUCUAGAGACCGGAGCGAGCUAGAGCAGAGUAAUGGCAGAGGUAGAAGGCACAACGCUUGCCUCCCCAAUGGUUCUGUUGACAAUACCUUGCUGUCUGUUCAGAAUGGCAUUGCAAAUAUGGGCCGUGGCUCAGGAAAUCAAGUUGCUGCUGUUGUGUCUCCCUUGCGAUCUAGUUCUGGGCACUCAUCACAAGCAGGCCAAAGCUCUGGGAUGAACCGUGUUUGGCAGCAACCACACUUUCCUCCCCUCUCCCGCCAGGAGGUUCCUGAUGCAAGAAUAGGUUCCUGUUUUCAAGAAGCUCCAUCCCCUCCCAUAUCAGGGCAAUCAGGGUAUACACCAUUUGCCAGUCGGAGCUCACGGACUGCUGCACGCGCAAUGGAUUUGGAAUUCCCUCCUUUAUCAGGCAGUAAUAACAGAACUGCUGCGUCAACAGAGCAGGGGGUACGAAAGGUAGCUGAGAACACUCAUGCAUUUGGGCUCCGACAACAAAGCAACGGAAUUGUGAAUACACACCAUUCUGCUCAGCAUUGGUCCCUUAAAAAUACUGAUUUGAUCCCUUCUGGUUCAAGUCACUCCCCAAGUUGGCCUACACCCAACACAAGUCCUCACGUUAGUGGAUCGCUGAGUCUGACUUCUGCAGGAAAUGGAAGGCAAGAAACACCUGUGAGCCGCCAGGUGUUGUGCUCUGUGGAUGAUGUUCGUGCAGCGAAUAAUUCAUUGGUUGAAAGAAUGCAGGCUGCAUUAGGAAUGGACCGGGACAGGUACUCGAUGUUCAAAGAGAUCUCUGGGGAGUACCGUCAAGGCGUUAUCAAUGCUUCAAAGUACCUUUCAUAUGUCGAACAAUUUGGUCUGUCGCACCUCGUUCUUGAAAUGUCCAGGUUGCUGCCUGAUCCUCAAAAGCAGAAGGAGCUUGCUGAUGCCUACUACGCGAAUUUGCGCCUUACAAGCCUCCAAGGAAACGGUGGCGGUGGAGCUGUUUGCUCGAAAGAAAGCACCCGGAAAAAUAAGGGGAAGGGGAAACUUCCUGCUGCUGCACAGGAUUUGUUAGAAGAUAAGCUCCUGAGUGCUGCCAGCAAGCUUCAGUCGCAGGUGGGAGGCUCUAGAGCGCCGUUGAGAGAAGGGUGUGGAGCAGCCGAUGGACCUUUGCAGGAGCCGAGGUGGCCUGUGAAGGGUGCUUGGCAAAACCGUGGGGGGCAGAGACUCGUGAGCAAGGCGAAGAAGUAA